CCCGCCCCGCCGCCACCACCGGAGCCCGUACAGGAGCACCGGGCUUCGCCCUGCUCGCCCCCACCGGGCCGGUACGGUUGCGGCACUAGCAGGCCGGGGCAUUCCCGGGGCAUUCCCGGGGGUGCGCGCGGCCGGCGAGGCUGUGCUGUCACGAUGCCGCGCCCGGCGGUUUGGUCUUGGUCUUGGUCCUAGUCCUAUUCCCGGUGCCGGUGCGGCGGUGCCGUCCCCGUCCCCUUUGUGCGGGAUGCGGGAGGCGCCGUGGCUCCAUCACUGCCAAUCAAACUUGUUUUUCUCUCUCCGCCUGCACUGCCCGCGCCGUUCACCGGGGGCGCUGCCGCCGCCGCCGCCCGCACAAUGGGGCUCCGGGUACCGGCCCGGGUACCGGCUGCCCGCACCGCCGUACGGGCCCUGCCGCGGGCGCUCGUACUUCCCCGUCUUCUCGAAUACCCAGGCACAAAGGCCAGGCGAGAGGUGCUGCCGUGGCACCGUCUCCAGCCAACAUUACCGGAGGAGCCACCGGUACCGACGGAGCCGCGGUCUCACUGGGCGAAGGGAUGAGCCCUGGCGGGCGGGGAGCGCGGCGGGAUCCGCUGGCCCUUCUCCCGCACAUCCCGGCGCUGUCCGGGCUCCGUCAAUCUCCUGCCUUCUUUAUGUGUUCACGGCUGCCGGCCGGGAGCGCCGGGACACUGUUCCCCAGGCGGCCCCGCCGGGCGGAGAGGGGACGAGGCUGGUGGUGGGUACGCAGCUGAGGUGCCUGUUCGAGUGCAGGGGGCUCGGACACAAGGAUUCCCCCUGGAGAGGGAGGCGAUGCUCCCACAGCCCGGGAGUGCGAGUGGAUGCCGGGGAGGAGGAGGAGGGCAGUGGCCGAGGAGGAUGAGGAAGGUGGCACUGGGGUCAAUGCGAGAGGCUGUGGGAGCAGAACUGAGGGAAUGUGGCAGGUGGUGCCCGUAGGAGACACCCUGGGUUGAGCUGGUGCCUUUGGGUAUGGGCAGUUUAGCCUGGCUGAGAGCCAAGGAGGUGGCUCUUCUGCACCUUCAUCCCCCCCUUCCUUCACCAUCUCCUACCAAGACAUAUCUGCCUGGUUGCUUGCUCCAUCAUCACCUGGACAAGCAGAGUGACAAGCACCAGAGGCUGAACCAUGGGCUGGUUGCUCAGCUCCUUACUGGGGACCACCUUUCCCUGGGGGCAGUGGAAGGGCCCCUAGCUCCUCCACCUCAGCCCUCCAGGAGAAGAAUACCAGUGGCUGUAGCCCCUUGGGUGUCCUUGUGGCAUCUCAUUUCCCCAGGCAGAGACACUUUGUAGGGGGCCUUUGCAGGUCACUUCUGGCUUUCAUUGUCUGUCGUUCAGAGAAGCUGGUGCUUUGCAUCUCUUUGCAUUUUAAUUUGACUUUUGGGGUUUUGUGGACCCCUUUUACCAGAGGAAGUGAAGAGGACACUCCAAAUGUCAUCAAGUAAAUCUCUUGACACUUAAGCGAUGGUGUUUUCACCAUAAGUGCAGCAUGGUGGAAAAUAGCCCAGGCUGCUUCCUGCACAGCCUGUGUGGGUGCAUUUGCUUUGUGCUGCCACACAACUCACCCCACACAGCUCUGUCUGCCCCUCACCCCUGGGUGCUCUGACACGCACCCUGUAGCUUUGGUGGUUUGCAGACGUGCUCCUGGUUUGCUCCUAUGCCACCAUUGUUGCCAUGCUCCAGUCACCAGCCUUUGGGUGACUGCACUGGAGAGACACAUGGAAGGAACAAGACAGUGGUGUCAGCAGAGCCAGAAUUCCCCAGGAGAGAUUUCAGUUCGAGCCUGGGAGAAGAGAUGCAUCCUUUGCAUCCAAGGGUGCUGCCUGGGCUCCCACAUGCGAGCAGGAGCUGUGACUUUCUGUGUGACAAGGGUUAGCACCUGCUGUACCCAUACCUCGGGGUGGGCAGGCUGCAGGUGCAGACCAUGCUGUCAGGUGGGAGUUGUGGCAACACGGUCGUUGGAGCACAGCAGCUGCCUGGGCAUCUUUCCAACAUCCCUGCACCCUGUUCCCACUACUCUCUCAGGAGGGCAUGGGCAUUGCUGGGGGUGUCUGGGCCACCCUUGCUGAGUUGCCCAACUGUGUUUUCUCUGGUGGGCACAUCCAGUAACAGCUGUGCUCUGUGCUGCAGGACCCACUCCCAUGUCUGCUUGGGCAACAUGUGGGGAGCUCUUCUGUGUGCUAUCACAUGGAAGGUACCAGGACAUGGUUUGCCUCUUGGUCUGCCAGGACAGAAGCCUGGGAGUCCCUCUGCUGUUUCCAUAGCUCUCUCUCAUCUUGGUACUGGGCAGGAGGGCUCUGUGCUGGUGAUGAGGCAGAUGGGCUGCUCCAUUCUGGAAUGUAUUUUGUGUCAUGUUUCUCCUGAUCUGGCCUUGCACCACUGCAAGAAACAUCAUCCCUGGUUUGCCCUCUGCUUCUACUCACCAUGCAGAGCCUUCUCCCAGAGACCACCUGUGUGUCUUGCAGCCUGUCCUCCCGCUACCUGUGGCACUGAGCAGUGCUCUGCCUGAUAGCCAGGAGUGUCUCUCUGGCAGCACCAAGCUGGGAUCCCUGUCCCUUGCAGAGCCUGGGUUUGGCUGGGGUGUGCUGCUGCAGCAGGGGCUGCUCUGGGAAGAGCUAAGCAGAGCGUGUU